GUACAAUCAAAUAAUUUACGUGGAAUUUUGUUUUAGAAAACAACCGUUUACAUUUCUGAACUGAAUUAAAGAAAUGGCGAAAUUGAGGCUCUCGGAACAUCUAUUUUUCGUUCGAUAAUUCCAAUUUUCUAACUAAAAUAAUGCAAUGUUAUCAGUCUGUUUUCGAUAUUUACUGUUAUUUAUUUUAAGUGACUUAUUUGUACGGUAGUGACUCCUAUGAAUCUUAUUGUGUUAACAACAUUUUGUUGCAGUGCUGGGUAUCUAGUCAGUUUUAAUUUAUAAAUUGUUUCCACUGUUCAGUUUUAGAGUUACAAUGAAUAACUGUGGAUCUGGAGUUGGAGCUGCAAUGGCCACAGGCGCUGGUGCUUACGACACCAAAAUAGCUGGCUUAUACGAUUUGCUUGAUACUCUGGGUUCUGGACAUUUUGCUGUUGUGAAAUUAGCAAGACAUGUAUUCACUGGUGAAAAAGUUGCUGUGAAAGUGAUUGACAAAAGUAAAUUAGACGAGGUCUCAAAAUCCCAUUUAUUUCAAGAGGUUCGUUGUAUGAAAUUAGUACAACACCCCAAUGUGGUGAGAUUAUAUGAAGUAAUUGACACACAGACUAAACUAUACCUAAUAUUAGAGUUAGGUGAUGGAGGAGAUUUAUAUGAUUAUAUAAUGAAACAUGACUCAGGUCUCUCGGAAUCUCUAGCUCGUGAUUAUUUUCGCCAAAUCGUGCGUGCAAUCUCAUAUUGCCAUAGAUUACAUGUUGUGCAUCGUGACUUGAAACCGGAAAAUGUAGUGUUCUUUGAAAAGUUAGGUGUAGUAAAAUUGACUGAUUUUGGUUUUAGUAACAAAUAUUGUCCAGGACAAAAGUUAGAGACAUCAUGUGGAUCCUUGGCUUAUUCAGCCCCUGAGAUUUUAUUAGGUGACUCGUAUGAUGCACCUGCGGUUGACGUCUGGUCACUAGGUGUAAUUUUAUACAUGUUAGUUUGUGGUCAAGCACCAUUUCAAGAAGCAAACGACAGUGAAACGCUUACAAUGAUCAUGGAUUGUAAAUAUACUAUACCACCACAUAUAUCAAAUUCUUGUAAAAGGUUAAUAGGAAGAAUGCUAGUCAGAGAACCGGAAAAACGGGCUACUCUGUCCGAGAUAGCAACAGAUCCGUGGGUGACCGCCGGGGAGGGCAUAGCUGUGGAAGAUUUUGAUGCUCCCCUUGUUACAAAGGAACAGCUAUCAGAAGAAGACCGAACAGCUAUUUUACAGAGGAUGGUUAAUGGUUCUAUUGCAUCAAAAGAACAUAUAUUGGAGUCUUUAGAAAAGAAUGAUUACAAUCACAUAACUGCCACAUACUAUCUGCUUGCGGAAAGGAAAUUGCGAGCUAAAAGGCAAGCGGCGCGGGCGGCGCGGCGGCCGGAGGCGCUGGGUGUGCCACUGGGGACGUCGCGCGGCCGCUCUCUGCUGGCCCCACCGCCGCACCACGCCGCACCCCGCACACCGCAAGAUGCACCGCCGCGUUCCCGCAAGUGCAGCAUCGUGCGGGAGGAGGAGGACGACGAGGAGGCGGGCGCGGUGUGCGCGGGCGGGGGAGCGGGUGCGGGGCGCGCGGCGGAGGCGAGACGCGGCAGCCGCUCGGAGGGUCGCCUGCAUCUAGCUCGCCCCGCACAGCUCGCAGACAACCUUACUAAGGUGAACUUGGACGACGGCGCUACGGUUUGCGUAUCGGAGACGCGCCGCGCGAGCGCCACGGACGGCACGCCGGCGCCAGCGCGCGUGCCGCCCCCCGCCCCACCGCCCGCUCGCCGCCAGCGCCUCGACUGCCGCCGUCGUCGCCCGCGUGCCGGAUCCUGCUCAUCCUCGGACCUCUCCGACGACGACUCCGAGAAGAAGAAGCGCGCCGCCGAGCAGACCGAGGCUCCACACGAGCGCGCGCGCCGCGACUCCCACGAUGACUCCAGCGACAGCCAGGAGCGCGGCGGCGCAGCGGGCGCACGACGGCAGGCGUCCCGGCCCGCGCACCCCGCACAUCCCGGCGGCGGCACGCCCAGCGGCUCCGGCGGCGCAAGCGGGGGUUCGGCGGGUGAUGCUCGCGGCGGCUCCACCGGUGGCCGGCGAAGGCGCGCCGCGCGCAAAGAGAGCAGGUUGCGCGAGUCGCGCUCGCUGAACCGCAUAGCGGAGGUGGAGGAGGCGGCGGCGGCGCGCUGGGCGGGCGGCGGCCUGGUGGCGAUGUGCGGCCGCCCGCUGCUGCGCCUGCUGGCCGCCGCGCGCCCCGCGCCCACCGCACGACGUCUGCACGGACUAUGCUAA